AUGGCUCACUCCAGGACCCAAAUCAGCUCCGGCUGGACCUUUAAGCAGCAGGACUGGCCGUCCGAGGAGUGGCUGCCCGUGUCGCAGGUGCCCAGCCAGAUUCACAUGGACCUGCUGGCCAACAAGAAGAUCCCAGACCCCUACGUCGACCUCAACGAGCGCGCCGUGCAGUGGGUCGGCGAGAAGACGUGGGUGUACCGCGCCGCUUUUUCCGUACCCGAGCUGGCGACCGAGGGUGAUGGCGCCGGCGCAGUAACGACGGACCUCGUCUUCGAGGGCCUCGACACCUUUGCCACCGUCUCGGUCAACGGCGCAGAGGUCCUCAAGACGGACAACAUGUUUGUCUCGUACCGCGUCGACGUCUCCCCGCAUGUUAAGACGGGUGGCGACGCGCAGAACGUGCUCGAGAUCGUCUUCGACUCGGCCCUGCUGCGCGGCCGCGAGCUCGUGGAGAAGCACAGCCACGAGCACAACUUCCUCGUCCGCCAGACUGAGGCGGGCCGCGUGCCCGUCCGCAAGGCCCAGUACAACUGGGGCUGGGACUGGGGGCCCAUCCUCAUGACGGCCGGGCCGUGGAAGCCCGUCUGGGUCGAACGCUACGUCGCGCGCGUCGACGACGUCUGGGCUGAGAAUGAGGUUGCUGAGGACCUGGCAUCAUGCGCUGGCACUAUCUACGCCACACUGGAGGGCGCCGUCAGCAAGGGCGACCAGGUCGUCGUCUUGCUGUCCAAGGACGACAAGGUGGUCCUCGAGGAGACGGUCGACGCCGACGACACCGGCCGCGUCUCGGUCCCUUUCAAGCUCAGCAACCCCGAGCUCUGGUAUCCUCUCAACUACGGCGCCCAGGCGCGGUACCAGCUGCGGGCGACGCUGGUCCGCCAGGGCCGGGCGCUCGACGCGCAGACCAAGCUCAUCGGGUUCCGCCGCACGCAGCUCGUGCAGGAGCCCGACGCGCACGGCAAGUCCUUCUACUUCCGCAUCAACAACGUCGACGUCUUCGCGGGCGGCUCGUGCUGGAUCCCCGCCGACAGCUACCUGUCGGCCAUCACGCCGCAGCGGUACCGCGACUGGGUGCGCCUGGCCGCCGAGGGCAACCAGGUGAUGCUGCGCGUCUGGGGCGGCGGCGUCUACGAGCACGACGCCCUCGUCGACGCCUGCGACGAGCUCGGCGUCCUGCUCUGGCACGACUUCCAGUUCGCCUGCGCCAGCUACCCGGCCUACCCGUCCUUCCUCGCCAGCGUCGAGCUCGAGGCCCGCGAGCACGUCCGCCGCCUGCGCAGCCACCCCUCCAUGGUCAUCUGGGCCGGCAACAACGAGGACUACCAGGUCCAGGAGCGGUACCGGCUCGACUACGACUUUGAGAACAAGGACCCCGAGGCCUGGCUCAAGUCGACCUUUCCCGCGCGCUACAUCUACGAGCACCUGCUGCCCAAGGUGGUGGCCGAGGAGGACCCGCACAUGAUUUACCACCCGAGCAGCCCCUGGGGCGACGGGAAGCCGACGGCGGACCCGACCGUCGGCGACAUUCACCAGUGGAAUCUCUGGCACGGCACCAUCAGCAAGUACCAAGAGGCCUCCCUCCUCGGCGGCCGCUUCGUCAGCGAGUUCGGCAUGGAGGCCUACCCGCACCUCGAGACGGUCGCGCGCAUGGCCUCGUCCCCCGCGCAGCUGCGCCCGGGCUCCAUGGUGCUCGACUUCCACAACAAGGGCAUCGGCCACGAGCGCCGCAUGAUGACGUACGUGGUCGAGAACUUCCGCCCGGGAGACGUCUCGGACCUCGCCCGCUACGUCCACCUCACGCAGGUCGCGCAGGCCGAGACGAUGCGCGCCGCGUACAAGGCCUGGCGCCGCGACUGGGGCACUGGCACUGCCUCCUCCUCCAAGGACGGCAGCAGCAGAAGCGAGGGUAGCAGCAGCAGCAGCGCCAUCGAGGGCCGCAAGUGCGGCGGCGUCCUCGUCUGGCAGCUCAACGACUGCUGGCCCACCAUGUCGUGGGCCGUCGUCGACUACCACCUCGUCCCCAAGCCCGCCUGGCACGCCAUCCGCCGCGCCCUGCAGCCCCUCGACGUGGGCGUCUCGCGCACCUACCACGACUGGACGCAGACGGGCUACUACAUCGACGAGAACUCCAAGCUGUGCACGGGCCAGGUCGACCAGACGCUGCCCGCCCGCCCGGGCACCUCCACCUUGGACGUCUGGGUCGCCAGCGCCAGCGUCCAGCCCGUUGCCGUGCGCGUCGCCGUGCGCUUCGUCUCCGUCCGCUCCGGCAGGGACGUCGCCCCGCCGCUCGAGGUCGACGCCGAGGCCGCGCCCAACGCCACGACGGACGUGCACGUCGCCGUGCCGCUGCCGGCGUCGGCCCCGGGAGCGGACGACCCGAACCGGCGCUUCGACGUGGACGCGUACGACCCUUACGUCGUGCACGCCACCCUGUCCGUGGACGGCCGUGUCGUCGCCACCGACGCCGCCUGGCCCGACCCCAUCAAGUUCCUCGACAUGGCCGACCGCGGCGUCGCCUUCCAGGUCAGCUCCGCCGGCGACGAGGUCGUCGUCACCGCCGAGCGGCCCGUCAAGUCCUUCGUCUUCGAGGAGGCCGAGGGCCUGCGGGUGAGCGACAACGGCUUCGACAUCAUGCCCGGCGAGAAGCAAGUCAUCAAGGUGCAAGGCAAUGUGAAGGCUGACAAGCUGAGGUGGACCUACGUCGACGCCCCGGCCGCGUCCAUGGAGAUAUCGUGA